CCGCAAUGCACCGCUACCGGUGCAAGGGCGAUUGGAGGGAACGACUUUGCCGCUUUGGGCGGGGACAGCUCGUUUCCUUCUUUGGCGGCGAGUCGGACGUGAGUCGUGGAGGGCCGCUGGCGCUGAAGCCGCUGCCUGCGGUGACUGUAGGCAAGCGGCAGAACUAGCGCCCGGUGGCAGCGGUAGCGGCGACUUGUCCCUCUUUGUUGCGCGGCCCGCCAUGGCCCAGGCUAAGAUAAGCAACGCCAAAAGCAGCGCCGGCGACGCAGGCCAGCAAGCGGGCGGGGGUCAGCUCCGAGGCCGCUUCUUUCGCUCUACCUCCAUGGCGGACCGCUCCAGCCGCCUGCUCGAGUGCCUCGACCAGUUGGAGCGGAGGGUUGAAGCUUUGCGUGAUACAGCAUCUUCGAUGGAGCAAGAAAAGGAAACUCUUCUGGAAAUGAUCCACAGUGUACAAAACAGCCAAGAUAUGAGGAACAUUAGUGAAGGUGAAAGAGAAGAACUCAAUCUAACUGCCAAACGCCUGAUGGGUAGAACCCUCACAGUGGAGGUCUCAGUAGAAACCAUCCGAAAUCCCCAGCAGCAAGAGUCCCUAUUGCAUGCCACACAUAUGAUUGAUGAAAUAGUCAAUAAACUCCUGGAUGAUUUGGAAGACUCCAAGAGCCGCUUAAUGUCACUCUAUGGUGCAUGUACAUCUGAGGUACCACCUGGACCCAAUAAUCAAAAAUUUCAGUCCGUUGUAAUUGGAUGUGCUAUAGAAGAUCAGAAGAAAAUCAAAAGGCGACUAGAGACUCUGCUUAGAAAUAUAGAAAACUCUGAAAAAUCCAUCAUGCUAUUUGAGCAUCAGAAAUCUGCUGCAAGACAGUUUUGCAACAAUGGAAAAGAUUAAAAGCUGUGGAAAACUAUUGAAAGAAUGAAUGUUUCCAUAAAGCAAAGAAAAUCAAAGAAAUGCUGCUACCCUGGAAUUUGAAAAAGCAACUACAGAGAACUGUGCAUGUCUAUGUAGUCCUUAAAGCAAUCCUUGGCAUUCAGAGCACAGAAGCAUAGCUGGAAGGGGAGAAUCCUGGGAAAAUCCCCUAACUUUAAAGGUAAAGGUGUCCCCGCACUUAUAGUGUGAGUUGUUUCCGACUCUUAGGGUGACGUCUUGCAACAUUUACAAGGCAGACCGUAUAUAUGUGGUGGGAUUGCCAGUUCCUUCCCCGGCCUUUCUUUACCCCCCAGCAUAUGCCCCUAACUUUACCCUGGGUAAAAAGUGUUCCUGCUUCCAUCAGUGAUAAGAUUACCAAUUAAAAAGUGGGCUCAUGUGAAGCACUUAAUCUGUGGCAACUACAGGAUUAAGCAGCUAUAGGACCAUAGAACCAUGUGAACAUCCAGCAGUUUUUAUUCCAUUGCUUUUGUUCCCACCAAGAGGGGUAUCUAUUUACUCUGUAUGGGGAAUAUUACAGUGCUGGAUAUAUUUAAACUAAUAGGUAGCUGUAGCUGUAUUUGAUAUUAGCAUUAAAAUGUAGACAUUUUAUGUCCCAAGGAUUAACUUUUACAUAAGCUGUAUCUGGUGUGCUCCAAUACAAUUAACAGUUCAAUAUUUUAAUACUUCUAACAUAUCUUCCACUCAAUUCCAGAAGCUCCUCGAUACCUCUUUUGCCCUUUCAGUUCUCUAGGAAGCUUCCGUGCCAACCAUUGUGUACAAAAUCAUUAUGUAGCGCACUUCCCUUCCUCACCCUCCCCACCCCCAAUUGAGUGAAUGAACCUGCGCAUUGGAGCGGAGUGUGUGGCAGGAUGAUUGCUACAACAGAUGUGAAGAAAACAAUGUGCACUUUUUUUCUUGCUGAAGGUUCAUAAAUAAAAAAGGUUGUGCUCUACACUGUAAA